AUGUUGCAUUAUUUUCUUGGCAUUGAGGUUGCCCGGAAUGAGUCUGGUUUCUUUGUGUGUCAGAGGAAGUAUGCUCUACAUAUUAUAGCUAAGACAGGUCUCCUUGGUGCAAAGCCGGCUUCAACACCUAUUGAGCUUAAUCAUAAGCUAGCUACUGCAACUGGCCCUCUUGCCAAUGUUAAGCAAUAUCGACGUUACGUUGGGCGUCUCGUUAAUACACGUCCAGAGCUUAGUUAUACAGCUAUCUGGGACAAGGUGUUUUCUUGCGAUCUCAAAGUGAUCUCACCAUUAUUGCGUUUUGUGAUUCCGAUUGGGCAGCUUGUCCUCUUACUUUUCACUCUCUUAGUGUCUAUGUUGUCUUUCUUAGACGUUCACCGUGUCUUGGAAGACAAAGAAGCAGCAAAUUCCGCCGAAGCAGAGUAUCGGUCGGAUGGCGUUUACUUUGAAGGAACUGAAGUGGCUCAAAGAACUGUUUCUCUCAUUUGGUACAGAAGCCUACGGAAACUAAGAAAACUCGAGAUUCUGGAUCUCUCUGGAAAUUCGUUCAACAACAGCAUCUUUCCAUAUCUUAAUGCUGCUACAUCACUUACAACUCUUUUCCUUCGGGGAAACGACUUGGAUGGCCCUUUUCCUGCUAAAGAACUUGAAGAUUUCACAAACUUGGAACUGUUGGACCUAAGUAGAAACAGAUUUCUUGGGUCCAUACGUGUACAAGGUUAUAGAAGCUUAGGGAGAUUAAGAAACCUCAAGAUUCUAGAUCUCUCUGAAAAUUCGUUCAGUAACAGCAUCCUUCCAUUUCUUAAUGCUGCUACAUCACUUACAUCUCUUUUCCUUCGGGGAAACAACUUGGAUGGCUCUUUUCCUGUUAAAGAACUUGCUGAUUUGACAAACUUGGAACUGCUAGACCUGAGUAGUAACAAAUAUAAUGGCUCCAUAACAUUACAAGAUUCAUCUGCUAUGAGUAAGCUGAAAGCCCUGGAUCUAAGUAGUAAUGAAUUUUCUAGCUCAAUGGAACUGCAAGGGAUUUGUGAAAUGAAGAAUAUGCAAGAACUUGAUCUCAGUCGAAACAAUCUAGUAGGUCAGUUUCCAUUAUGCUUAACUAGCUUGAGUGGACUUAGAGUUCUUGAUCUCUCAUCAAACCAAUUGACUGAGAAUGUGCCAUCUGCUCUCGGUAAACUUGAAUCACUCAAGUACUUAUCUUUGUCUGAUAACAACUUUGAAGGCUUCUUCUCACUUGCUUCGCUUGCCAACCUCUCAGAGCUUAGGGUUUUGAAACUUAGUUCCAACUCCAAAUCGCUUCAAGUAGUGUCUGGAAGUUCUUGGAAGCCAAAAUUUCAACUGAGUGUUAUUGAACUACCAUCAUGCAACUUGGUAAAGGUUCCCUAUUUUCUCCAAUAUGAGAACGAUUUAAGUCACAUCGAUCUUUCUGGGAAUAAUAUUUUUGGAAUUUUUCCUCAUUGGCUAUUGGCAAACAAUACAAAACUCGAAGUGUUGCUGCUACAGAAUAAUUCAUUUACGAGCUUUCAGCUACCAAAAUCUGCUCAUAAGCUGCUUUUCCUGGAUGUGUCAGCUAAUGAAAUAGAUCAUCUCUUACCAGAGGACAUUGGGUGGAUACUUCCAUUUCUACGGUAUAUGAAGCUCGCUUAUAAUGAUUUUCGAGGAAAUCUGCCAUCUUCUUUGGGUAACAUGAAGGGGAUUACAUAUUUGGAUAUAUCUCACAACAGCUUCCAUGGAAUUAUACCAAGAAGUUUUAUAAUGGGUUGUUAUUCUAUGGAGUUCUUGAUGCUGUCACAUAACAAAUUAAGUGGAGAGGUGUUUCCUGAAUCAGCAAAUUUUACCGGUAUAUCAGACCUGUAUAUGGAUAACAAUCAGUUUACAGGAAAGAUUGGAAAAGGUUUGCGAAGCUUGAGAUCAUUGCUAUUUCUUGACAUUUCAAACAACAGCCUCACGGGCUUCAUUCCAAGCUGGAUUGGGGAACUAUCUAUAAGCAUGCUAUUGAUGGCAAACAACUUGUUAGAAGGUGAGAUACCCAUUUCGUUGUUCAACAUUCAGCUACUGGACCUCUCUGCAAACAGUUUAUAUGGGGCUAUACCUCCACUUGUCAAUGUCAAUUCUGGGUAUUCGGAAGGAUUAUUGGUUGCAUUAUUCCUUCAAGACAAUAAGUUAUCAGGGGUUAUUCCAGAGACAUUGCUAAGGAAUGUCUAUGUACUUGAUCUGAGAAAUAACCGAUUGUCCGGAAACAUACCGGAAUUCUCCAACAACGAAUACACCCAUACUCUUCUCCUUCGAGGGAAUAAUUUAACAGGCAGUAUUCCUAGCCAGUUGUGUGGCCUAAGAAACAUCCAACUUCUUGAUCUUUCAAACAACAGAUUAAGUGGAUCUAUACCUUCAUGCCUCUUCAAUACAUCAUUUGGUUUGAUGAAAGAGGAUAUAGGGAUUGAUUUUGAUUACAGCCAUGGUAUUUUGUUUGGUGGUUUAUCUUUGCCAAAAGACUUCACUGAAUCAUUCCACAGGGAAAGCAGUUUAACACAUUCGACACGCAAAGCUACUUUAGGUAAUCCUCUUCUCUGUGGACAACAAAUCAACAGAAGCUGCGGCAGCAGUAACUUUCAAGAACCAGAUAAUGAAGUGAAGGACGAUGAGAGCCAAAUCGACAUGGUAUCUUUCUACUGGAGUUUUGCUGCAGCUUAUGUGACUAUACUUCUUGGACUGUUCGCAUCUCUCGCUUUCGAUUCUCCUUGGAGCAGGUUUUGGUUCUACCUCGUUGAUGCUUUCAUCCAAAAGGCGAGGAGUUUGUUGUGGUGA